AGCGCGGCGGUCGAACGGCCGGUUCCGGCUGAAUGUCAGUGCGGGGCUGUGGGCUGAGGAGGAAGGUGGCGGGCGGUCCCUCCACCACCUCCGCGGCUGCCGCCUCGGCUUGUGCUGCGGUCGCCGCCGCCCGGCCGCUGGGCCGCUUGAGCAUGAGACCGUGAGGCGAGCGACGGGCCGGGGCCGCCGACAUGUUUGGCCGCUCGCGGAGCUGGGUGGGCGGGGGCCAUGGCAAGUCUUCCCGCAACAUCCACUCCUUGGACCACCUCAAGUAUCUGUACCACGUUUUGACCAAAAACACCACAGUCACAGAACAGAACCGGAACCUGCUAGUGGAAACCAUCCGUUCCAUCACCGAGAUCCUGAUUUGGGGAGAUCAGAAUGACAGCUCCGUAUUUGACUUCUUCCUGGAGAAGAACAUGUUUGUUUUCUUCUUGAACAUCCUGCGGCAGAAAUCCGGCCGCUACGUGUGUGUUCAGCUGCUGCAGACCUUGAACAUCCUCUUUGAGAACAUCAGUCACGAGACCUCACUUUAUUAUUUGCUCUCUAAUAAUUAUGUAAAUUCUAUCAUUGUCCAUAAGUUUGACUUUUCCGAUGAGGAGAUUAUGGCAUAUUAUAUAUCGUUCCUGAAAACACUUUCGUUAAAACUCAACAACCACACUGUCCAUUUCUUUUAUAACGAGCACACUAAUGACUUUGCCCUAUACACAGAAGCCAUCAAAUUUUUCAAUCAUCCUGAAAGCAUGGUUAGAAUUGCUGUAAGAACCAUAACUUUGAACGUUUACAAAGUGGAUAACCAGGCCAUGCUGCACUAUAUCCGAGAUAAAACUGCUGUUCCUUACUUCUCCAAUUUGGUCUGGUUCAUCGGGAGCCAUGUGAUCGAACUUGAUAACUGUGUACAGACUGAUGAGGAGCACCGGAAUCGGGGGAAACUGAGUGACCUGGUGGCUGAGCACCUGGACCACCUGCACUAUCUCAACGACAUCCUGAUCAUCAACUGUGAGUUCCUCAACGACGUGCUCACGGACCACCUGCUCAACAGGCUCUUCCUGCCCCUCUACGUGUACUCGCUGGAGAACCAGGACAAGGGAGGAGAACGACCGAAGAUCAGCCUGCCAGUUUCUCUGUAUCUCCUGUCGCAGGUCUUCCUAAUUAUACAUCAUGCACCCCUGGUGAACUCGUUAGCUGAAGUCAUCCUGAAUGGUGAUCUGUCUGAGAUGUACGCUAAGACGGAACAGGACGUUCAGAGAAGUUGUGCCAAGCCCAGCAUUCGGUGCUUCAUUAAACCCACCGAGACACUAGAGCGGUCCCUUGAGAUGAACAAGCACAAGGGCAAGAGGCGGGUGCAAAAGAGACCCAACUACAAAAACGUUGGGGAGGAAGAAGAUGAGGAGAAAGGGCCCGCCGAGGAUGCCCAAGAAGACGCCGAGAAGGCUAAAGGUACAGAGGGUGGUUCAAAAGGCAUCAAGACGAGUGGGGAGAGUGAAGAGAUCGAGAUGGUGAUCAUGGAGCGCAGCAAGCUCCCAGAGUUGGCAGCCAGCACUUCUGUGCAGGAGCAGAACACCACGGACGAGGAGAAGAGCGCCGCCGCCACCGGCUUGGAGAGCGUGCAGUGGAACAGACCCUUCCUGGAUAUGGUAUACCACGCCCUGGACAGCCCGGAUGAUGAUUACCACGCUCUCUUCGUGCUCUGCCUGCUCUAUGCCAUGUCUCAUAACAAAGGCAUGGAUCCUGAAAAACUAGAGCGGAUCCAGCUCCCAGUGCCCAGCGCAGUCGAGAAGACCACCUACAACCAUCUACUGACGGAAAGACUCAUCAGGAUCAUGAACAACGCUGCCCAGCCAGACGGGAAGAUCCGGUUGGCGACACUGGAGCUGAGCUGCCUGCUUCUAAAGCAGCAAGUUGUGACCAGCACAGGCUGCAUCAUAAAGGACGUGCACCUGGCCUGCCUGGAGGGCGCGAGAGAAGAAAGCGUUCACCUAGUGCGGCACUUUUAUAAGGGAGAAGAAAUUUUUUUGGACAUGUUCGAAGAUGAGUUCAGGAGCAUGACAAUGAAGCCCAUGAACGUGGAGUAUCUCAUGAUGGACGCCUCCAUCCUGCUGCCCCCAACGGGCACGCCGCUGACAGGCAUUGACUUCGUGAAGCGGCUGCCUUGUGGCGACGUGGAGAAGACCAGGCGGGCCAUCCGGGUGUUCUUCAUGCUCCGUUCCUUGUCCCUGCAACUGCGAGGGGAGCCGGAGACCCAGCUGCCGCUGACACGGGAGGAGGACCUGAUCAAAGCUGACGACGUCCUGGAUCUGAACAACAGUGACCUCAUCGCGUGCACGGUGAUCACCAAGGAUGGCGGCAUGGUCCAGCGCUUCCUGGCUGUCGAUAUUUACCAGAUGAGUUUAGUGGAGCCCGACGUGUCCAGGCUUGGCUGGGGAGUAGUCAAGUUCGCAGGCCUUCUGCAGGACAUGCAGGUGACUGGCGUGGAGGACGACAGCCGUGCCCUGAAUAUCACCAUCCACAAGCCUGCAUCCAGCCCCCAUUCUAAGCCCUUCCCCAUCCUCCAGGCCACCUUCCUCUUCCCGGACCACAUUCGCUGCAUCAUCGCCAAGCAGCGCCUGGCCAAGGGCCGCAUCCAGGCAAGGCGCAUGAAGAUGCAGAGGAUAGCUGCCCUCCUGGACCUCCCGAUUCAGCCGGCCACCGAAGUCCUGGGGUUUGGUCUCGGCUCCUCCUCUUCCACCCAGCACCUGCCUUUCCGCUUCUACGACCAGUGCCGCCGGGGCAGCAGCGACCCCACAGUGCAGCGCUCGGUGUUCGCGUCUGUGGACAAGGUGCCAGGCUUCGCCGUGGCCCAGUGCAUAAACCAGCACAGCUCACCGUCCCUGUCUUCACCGUCGCCGUCUGCCAGCGGGAGCCCCAGCGGCAGCGGGAGCACCAGCCACUGCGACUCGGGAGGCACCAGCUCAUCGUCCACCCCCUCCGCCGCCCAAAGCCCGUCAGAUGACCCCAUGACCGCCGAAGAGCCUCAGCCUAACCUUCCCGACCAGUUGGUGAUCGUCAAUGAAACGGAAGCAGACACCAGGCCCAGCAAGAGCCUGGCCAGGAGUGGAGACGUGGAGACAGUCAACCUGUCCCCCAGCCUCAUCCCCACCCAGCAGCCCACCAUCUCCCUGCUCUGUGAGGACACUGCCGACACGCUGAGCGUGGAGUCGCUGACCCUCGUCCCGCCUGUCGACCCCCACAGCCUCCGCACCCUCACCGGCAUCCCCCCAACGCACACAGUGGACACAGUGACCCUGGGCGAGGAGGCUGCGCUCCCAGAGCCAGUGGGCCCCAGCGAGCGCUGAGGCAGUGCCCGGCCCCUCCCUCUGUGCGUGUGGCCCUGCUGGUAGGGACCCGGUGCAGCUGGCUGAAGGACACGUCGGGAGCAUCCGAAGUUCUCCACGGCCCCCAAUAACCGUCUCAACCACUGGUCCCUGCGCUCUUUUGCUCCAUUUGAAUUCCUGUUUGACCCUCACCUCUCGGAGAGCAGGCUGGGACUGCUGGAGACACCCCAGCGAACCCAGAUGACCAAGGCGACCGCCGCGGGGAGGAGGCUGGGCUCCUGGUCUCUGAGCCCGACGGCCCGGGGGUGGCAGGACCCACUGGCACCACGGCCUUCAUCAGCCAGCCCCUCCCCAGUCUCACGGCUCCUCUGCCACCAUCCCCAGUGUGCACGGAAGAAGCGGACAAGGUCACUUUGGGUAGAGAUUUGUAGAAGAGCAAACUUCGAUAAACAUCUCCUUUGGAUAUUUAUUUCUGCUUUUGGCAGCAGAUAAAAAGCAUUUUAUUUAAAAGGCAUCUAUUUAAACAAGAAAAAAGUCCAAAAGAAAAUCCUCAACCCUAAGGUUUGAUGUCGUGUUCAAAGUGUAAUAUUACUGUGAAGAUUUCAUUUUCGCUUUCCCUUGAACUUUCCAGCGUUUUGUUUUAGAGUUCUAGGUCUGGCUUUCUCUGUUUUCUUAAGUGAUUGGUUUUUCUUUAUUACUCACUAACUCUGAAAACCUGUGGAAUGAUAAAGUACCUUCCUGGAAAGUUUAGAUUAUUUUUUAAACGAAAAUAAGGGAGAUACAUGUAUUCUCAGGUACACA